AUGAGUGGAAUCGCAACCGCCUGUCUGUCAUGCCUGUCGGCGGUCGACCGAUGGUGUCAUAUCACCGCGUGUCUCGGCCCCAUCGGAGCUCGCACUCGAGACACCAUCUACGAAACCACCUUGGCCGAGAAUGAACGCGAAGCUGUAUCAGACUUGCUGGGCUAUUUAGAGAAUCGCGCUGAAACCGAUUUCUUCUCCGGCGAACCUCUUCGAGCUUUGAGCACCCUUGUGUACUCGGAAAAUGUCGAUUUACAGCGAAGCGCAAGUCUCACCUUCGCCGAAAUCACAGAACGAGGUGCGUACGAUGAAAUCGAUGGAACCAUGACCAUCUCUGACGCUGGUCGAUCAACAGAUGUCCGUGAGGUCGAUCGCGACACGCUCGAACCUAUCCUUUACCUACUCCAGAGCUCCGAUAUUGAAGUCCAACGGGCCGCCAGUGCCGCAUUGGGUAACCUUGCCGUGAAUGCAGAGAACAAGGUUUUGAUCGUCGCACUCGGGGGGCUGGCCCCUCUGAUCCGCCAGAUGAUGUCGCCAAACGUGGAAGUGCAGUGCAACGCCGUCGGAUGUAUCACGAAUCUGGCGACACAUGAAGAAAACAAGGCCAAGAUUGCUCGCUCGGGGGCACUGGGUCCCUUGAUCCGUUUGGCCAAGUCAAAAGAUAUGCGUGUCCAACGUAAUGCGACCGGCGCGCUGCUCAACAUGACCCAUUCCGACGAUAACCGACAGCAACUCGUCAAUGCCGGCGCCAUUCCUGUUCUCGUCCAUCUGUUAUCUUCUCCCGACGUUGACGUUCAGUAUUACUGCACGACUGCUCUCAGCAACAUCGCUGUCGAUUCGACCAACCGCAAGCGCCUGGCGCAAACAGAGUCCCGUCUGGUACAGUCUUUAGUGCAUCUCAUGGAUUCGUCGACACCCAAGGUGCAGUGUCAAGCCGCGCUGGCCCUGCGCAACCUCGCCUCCGAUGAAAAAUACCAGCUCGAAAUCGUUCGGGCCAAGGGUCUCUCUCCACUUUUGCGACUCCUCCAAUCAUCUUACCUUCCUCUGAUUCUCUCUGCUGUCGCUUGUAUCCGCAACAUCUCUAUCCACCCGCUUAAUGAGUCUCCCAUCAUCGAAGCGGGCUUCCUCAAGCCUCUUGUGGAUCUGCUUGGCUCGACUGAUAAUGAAGAGAUCCAAUGCCAUGCCAUUUCUACCCUUCGGAAUCUUGCGGCGAGCUCCGAUCGCAACAAGGAACUUGUUCUGCAGGCUGGUGCCGUUCAAAGAUGCAAGGACUUGGUUCUUCGGGUCCCGCUUACCGUCCAAUCUGAAAUGACGGCCGCGAUUGCCGUACUGGCACUCAGCGACGAGUUGAAGUCGCACCUCCUCAACCUCGGGGUGUUUGACGUCCUGAUUCCCCUGACCAAUUCCGACAGUAUCGAGGUGCAAGGGAACAGUGCGGCUGCCCUGGGUAACUUGUCCUCGAAAGUGGGCGAUUAUUCCAUUUUCGUUCGAGAUUGGGCAGACCCGAACGGCGGCAUCCACGGUUACCUGCAUCGCUUCCUGGCCAGCGGAGACCCGACCUUCCAGCACAUUGCCAUCUGGACCCUUCUCCAACUGCUCGAAUCUGAAGACAAGAAACUGAUUGGCUACAUCUCCAAAUCCGAAGAUGUCGUGCAGAUGGUCAAGUCAAUUUCCGAUAAGAACAUUGAAUCCGAUGAAGAAGAUGUGGACGAGGGCGAAGGCGAAGUCAUUGCGCUCGCCCGGCGAUGCCUCGAAUUGCUCGGCGCUGGUCCCAAGCAGACUUUGGUUGAAGCAUAG